AUGCAUAUUUCAAUCAAGACGUCGGAGGGAAAGAGAAUAAAACUAGAGGUUGAAGAUAGCUCCAAUACCAUCGAUCUCAAGAUCCAUGGGAAUGGGCAACCAAUCAGUGAACUGGUUUUGCGACUGGGUCCGGGCCCGGGCCCGGGUCAGGAUCGAGAAGUUAUGAAGAUAUAUGUAGAGACUCUGUCAGGAAAAUUGCUCACCUUCCAGGUUAACGAGUCCGUUACCAUUGGUGAAGUCAAAGCCAAGUACGCGAAGAUGGAAGGCACUCCAAGUAGCAAACAGAGAAUAUACUUUCAAGGAAAGCAGCUCGAAGACAGUCGCACCAUAGCUGACUGCGACAUCAAACAUGAGUCAAUCCUUGUCCUGAUGUUAGAACAAUGCGGUUGCUAA